CCCUUUCCUUUCCAAUCCCCUUCCCCUCUUCCAGGUUGCUAUUAAAAUAUGUGCACUUGCGUUAUAAUUACAGAUUACUACAUGUGUUUUUCAAUGCUUUCCGUUACAAAUUUUUUUUUUCCCCUUUUUGCAUCUUCCUUAGUUUUUGUUCCUUUUUCCUUGACCUCCUAAUUUCAUCUUUUCCUCCCGUUAUCAUCUAUCCUACAAUUUAUCCACAUAUAUACGGAGUACUUACUUUCACUUUGUCCACAUUUUCUUACACCCAUCACAUUUUCUUACUUUUCACGAUACUUGAUCGAUCUAAUUAAUUGAAUCUACUCUAAAUGAAUAUAACAUAUUUUUUAAAAUAAAAGUUAUGUAAGUUGACAUUAUAUACUUAUUAAAAUCAUAAUUCUUAGUAUAUGUCAAAGUUUUUCUAACUUCAACACAAACAAUAUUAUAAGGGGAAUGCAUAAAGACAAUAUGCUCCAACAUCAAACCAAAAAAGGCCAAACAAAUGGAAAAGAAAAAACAUUGAACACAAUCCAACAAAAAUUAACAAAAUUACUUUUCAUCAAUUGACUAUACAUGAAAUGAAUUUAGCCUUUAAAAAAAAGAAAAUCUUUACUUUUUUUACUAAAAACCCCUUCUUCUCCCCCCUUAAAUUAUUUCCUUUUUUAGUACAUUUUCAGAUUUUCUUACACUACACCAACAUAUUCUAGCAACCUCUCCUUUUUUUUCAAUCAAACCCACUUCAAAAUUUCAACUUAUUUAUUAUUACCCACAAUUUUCCUUCAUAAUAUAAUUUGUUUCUUUCACACAUAAUUUUUUUUUUAUGUUUUUAUUUUUGAAGAUAUAAAACCAAUAAAUUAUAAAAAAAAAAAUGGAGUUGGGUAUGAUUUCAAUGGUAUCAAUUUCAAUAUUAGUUGGGGUAAUUUGGUUACUAAAUUUCUUGCUGAGAAGAGUAAAUUAUUGGGUGUAUGAAUCAAAACUUGGAAAUAUGAAGCAUGAAUUACCACCAGGUGAUCUAGGUUUGCCAUUUAUUGGAAAUAUGUGGUCUUUUCUCAGAGCUUUUAAGUCUACUAAUCCUGAUUCUUUCCUCAACUCUUACUUUACCAGAUUUGGUAAGACAGGAAUUUACAAAGCGUUCAUGUUUGGCAACCCAAGUGUUAUUGUUACCACAGCUGAAACAUGUAGAAAAGUGCUGAAUGAUGAUGAACAUUUCAAGCCUGGUUGGCCUGUUUCGACUUUGAAGUUGAUCGGUGCUAAAUCCUUCGUUUCCAUUUCCUAUGAAGAGCAUAAGCGUCUAAGGAGGUUGACUUCUGCUCCCAUCAAUGGACACGAAGCUCUAUCAGAAUACAUUGAAUAUAUAGAAGACAUUGUGAAAUCUGCUUUAGAAAAUUGGUGCAUGAUGGGAGAAAUCGAGUUUCUUACACAGCUUCGGAAGUUGACUUUCAGAAUAAUUAUGUACAUCUUUCUGAGCUCAGAGAGUGAACCUGUAAUAGAGGCAUUAGAAAGAGAGUACACAAGACUUAACUACGGUGUUAGAGCUAUGGCGAUCAAUAUCCCUGGUUUUGCUUACCAUGAAGCACUCAAGGCUCGAAAGAGACUUGUGGCCGUGUUUCAAUCUAUAAUAGAUGAACGAAGGGCACUAAAAAGGGAUGGAGUUGCUAUCAAGGCCAAGAAAGAUAUGAUGGAUGCUUUGCUUGAGGUUGAAGAUGAGAAUGGAAGAAAAUUGACAGAUGAAGAGAUCAUUGAUCUAUUAGUGAUGUACUUGAACGCUGGACACGAGUCAUCAGGUCAUACCUUGAUGUGGGCUACUGUCUUGUUGCAGAAACACCCUGAAUUUAUGCAGAAAGCCAAGGCUGAGCAAGAAGAGAUUGUGAAAAAUAUGCCAGCAGGACAGAAAAGAUUGACUCUGAAAGAAUUCAGACAGAUGACUUAUCUUUCACAGGUAGUAGAUGAAACACUUCGGUGGUUAACAUUCUCACUUGUAGUCUUCCGAGAAGCAUUGUCGGAUGUCAAGAUGAAUGGCUAUACAAUUCCUAAAGGAUGGAAAGUAUUGGUUUGGUUUAGAACUUGUCACUUGGAUCCUGAAACCUGGCCAGAACCUAUGAAGUUCAAUCCUUCGAGAUGGGAUGGACUUAUUCCUAGACCUGGAACUUUUCUUCCUUUUGGUGCUGGGAGCAGGCUGUGCCCUGGAAAUGAUCUCGCCAAGUUAGAAAUAUCGAUUUUUCUUCACUAUUUUCUGCUCAAUUACAGGCUGGACGUAGUAAACCCUGACUGCGCCGUGCAGUACUUACCACAUAAAAGACCGAAAGAUAACUGCUUGGCGAAAGUCAGAAGGAUCUAAGCAGGGAUCAGUAGCACAAACAUGACAGAUUAAGACCCCUACUUACAUUAAUCACUUAAGGCUCAGAUUUUAACAAACAAUUGAGUGAAUUUGUGAGAACAAAUUUUACAAAUAUAUUCUGGUAGAUCUUGUGUUCUGUAAUCUGAUUAUGAAGCAAGGUCUUCUCCAACUAAAAAUAGUCAGAGUAUUACAUUC